GCCUCGGUGGGGAAGAGUGAUAUUUUCGGUCUCCCCCCAACUAAACCGGCAUCGAGCAUACUUAAUGCGUUCUUCCACCGAGCGGGCAGCAUCAGCCGCAAAGUGGUAGCAAUUGGACAACAAUUGCAAUUCGCCGUGCGAGCGGCUAAAGCGAAUUGUGUUUUGACGGCAAGAUUGUGAUAGUGGAGCCGAGCUGUUUGUUGUGCUAAGCAAGGAAGCCAACUGCGGGUGCCAUCGAGCGCUGGUGCUCGCGAACAGAAUGGUAUCAAUCGGAAGACAAGUCAAUCGAAAGAGUAAAAUGAAUAAGGUGUGGGUUGCCUUCGCCGUGUUCGGUGCAAUAUCCAUCCUGCCGGCAGCGUCGGGUCGCAUCGUUAAGCGCAGCUACUCGGAUCAAAGUGUGCGAGGCUAUCUGACGGAGCGCACCUGCUGGUGGAAUGAGGUUUGCAAGGAGGAAUUCCAGCAGCUGUUCCGAUGCCGUUGUCCUCAGUGGUCGUACUGCAGAUCACCUGGCCGGUACUACAACGCGUACUGCUCCAUGACGAACACGGGCUACAUCUGGACGCAACCCACGUGGGAUUGGGAGACGACCUAACCACAGAACUGGACGAGUGUCACUCGGUGUGAAAGCACGGUCCAUUCCGCAUUUGUGGAGCAACGCACAUCACCAACGUGUACAUCAUAACGAUGAAGGUUUACAAAGGAAGUAGGGCGAAGCGUUAAGCAUAUCGUUGUUAACCCAAAUUACGUUAAUUAAUUCGUUCAUUAAACCAUGUUGAAUAACUUGUUUCGUAACGUUAAGUUGCUUCCUGGCGGUACUGCAAUUAGCAGUUGCUCAAUUUAGUGCGGUUGAUAUGAAUCAUUACACUGCAAUGUGAAGCACAUCGUUUGAAAGCAGAUGAUUAUAAACAGUGUAUUA